CUUUUGGAAUUAAGCAGAAAACACGUUCUCUGUCUUCGCAUCUCAACUGCUGCACUAAAACCCUUUUCUGUAGAAAUAGAUAAAACGAAGAUUCAUGAUUUAAAGAACAACAACAACUUGAAAUUCCAUAAACUUUAUAUCUUCGUUCUUCAAUUGCCUUAGGUUUAUCCGUCCAAAACACGAAAAUGGUCAGCAGUAAGAAGGAAGUGAUUCGAUUGGAGCGUGAAGCAGUCAUUCCAAUUUUGAAGCCCAGACUCGUCAUGAGUUUGGCCAAUUUAAUCGAACACAGUUCAGACCGAGCAGAAUUCUUGAAGCUCUGCAAGAGAGUUGAGUACACAAUUCGAGCAUGGUACCUUCUUCAGUUUGAAGAUCUCAUGCAACUGUAUUCACUCUUUGAUCCUGUCCACGGGGCUCAGAAAUUGGAGCAACAAAACCUAUCAGAACAAGAAAUUGACGUUCUUGAACAGAAUUUUCUUUCAUAUAUGUUUAAGGUGAUGGAUAAAAGUAAUUUUAAGAUAUGCUCCAAUGAGGAGAUUGAUGUUGCACACUCAGGGCAGUAUCUUUUAAACCUUCCUAUCACAGUUGAUGAAUCAAAGAUUGAUAAGAAUCUUUUGAAGCGGUACUUUGAAGAACACCAUCAUGAUAACCUUCCCGACUUUGCUGAUAAGUAUGUAAUCUUUCGACGAGGCAUUGGAAUCGACAAAACUAGUGACUAUUUUAUCAUGGAAAAGGUGGACAUGAUAAUUUCACGUCUAUGGGCAUGGAUUAUGAGAGUAACAAGGCUAGGAAAAGUUUUUUCUAGAAAAUCUAGUGUUCGAAUUAAGAAUGACCCAAAGAAAGAUGAUGAAAUUACAAAUGAAGAGUUUCCGGAUGAUUUAUAUGUUGAGCGGAUCCGGAUUGAGAACUUGGAGAUCAGUUUACGGAAUUUGGCAAGCAAGAUUACAAUCCAAGAACCUACAUUUGAUAGGAUAAUUGUAGUGUACAGGCGGGCGAGCACAAAAAAGGGAGAAAAGGAUCGGGGAAUCCACGUGAAGCAUUUCAAAAACAUUCCAAUGGCAGAUAUGGAACUAGUCCUACCGGAGAAGAAAAAUCCAAGUUUAACCCCAAUGGAUUGGGUGAAGUUCAUCGUUUCUGCUGUAGUUGGUCUGGUGGCUGUCAUAGGUUCGAUCGAGACUCCUCAAGCUGACUUUUGGGUCAUGUUUGCUGUUCUCUCUGCAGUUAUUGGUUACUGUGCUAAAAUAUACUUCACGUUUCAGGCAAAUAUGGAGGCAUAUCAGAACCUAAUUACACAAUCCAUGUAUGACAAACAACUGGAUAGUGGAAAAGGCACUCUUCUUCAUUUGUGUGAUGAUGUCAUUCAACAAGAAGUAAAAGAGGUGAUAAUAUCUUUCUUUAUAUUGAUGGAACAAGGCAAAGCGACCCUAGAGGAUCUUGAUUUACAAUGUGAGGAACUGAUUAAAGAGGAGUUUGGUGCAAGCUGCAACUUCGAUGUCGAUGACGCGGUCCACAAGUUAGAAAAGAUGGGCAUUGUUGCUAGGGAUUCGAUCGGAAGGUAUUACUGUGUCGGUUUGAAGCGUGCAAACGAGAUCAUUGGCCCCACAACAGAGGAGCUUGUACUCAAGGCAACCAUGGAGCAUGGUUCUUGAUGUUAAAUUCAACGGAGAAAUGCGUGUGCAAUUUGUUUUUGUCAAAAGCAUUUUAAUUUGUACCAAUUGUAUGUAUAUUUGUUGCUGCAUCCCUUUUACUGUUUGAUUCCCAAUCCAUUGUGAUUGGCUUGGUAACUUUAUUAAUAUUUGUUGCUGUCA